AUGUUGAAAACCCACGAGGUGGAGACAGAGAACCAGGGGAGCCGAAGCCACAACAUAGCUCAGUCAGUGCUGCUGCUGCUGCUCCUUCAGCCUGGACAACACAAUCCCUGCAAAUACCCCGGGGAAGUCGGUGGAAACUUUGUCAUUGUGUACUGUCGCUUGGAUAAUGCAAAUGUCACAGAUGUUUUCAGAAGACCAGAGAUGAUGGACCAGGAUCUAGGCUGCGACGACAGCACCAGCCUUCCCACUCAUUGUCAACAGCAUGUGGAUAAAAACUGUUCCUCACUCGCUGACUGCCUUGUGUGCGGAGAGCCAUGCCCUGUGCAAAAACUCAUCCAAAGGGACCAGACCAACCAUUCUGUAACUCUUCACUGGCAAAUCUCCAACGACUGCUGCUACAAGGUGCACAGAGUCAGUGCUACAACAGCCCCUAAAGCCAGCCUCAGUAACUGCACAUCUAACAUUGCAAAACUGUUGCCUGGGCAGAACUACAACAUGACAGUGAUCAGAAAACUGGAUGGACGGUGCAGCAAGGAAUCAUCCAUCACUGCCUUCACCCGCCCUUCACCUGUCCCGUACAUCAGUAUACAGAAUCGCACGGUGGACGCGUUGCAGAUUGAAUGGGCGGCGCCCAAGGACCCUCAUGCCAGCUUCUAUAGAUACAAGGUCUGCUUGCCGGGUUGCCGCAACGCCUCCGGAAACUUGCUUUGGGUGCGCGGCCUGAAACCAGGCACAACGUACAGCGUUGAGGUGUUUGCCAUUUCUGCCAACAACAUCUCCAGCGUCAGGAGCGCCAUACAGGCCACCACAGCUCCAAAUGCUCCCGAGAAUAUAAAAGUGUCGCACUGCGAGACCAAAAGCAUCUCUGUUUCCUGGGAUCGGCCCAAAGACCCCAAUGCCGCAAACUAUUCGUACUGGGUGAGCUGGCGCAGCGGAAAACGUGCAAACCUGUCGGGGAACGAAUUGGUUGAUCGCCUCAGCUACAACAUCACAGAACUCCAGCCGGGGAUCCUGUACUCAGUGAAGCUGGCCUCGGUGAUCGGCGGGGUUAAGAGCAAACAAGCUAGCAGAUGGGCUCUGACAUGCCCCUUGCCCCCUACAGAUUUCAGGGUCCACAACAGCAGCCAGACAGAAAUUGAAUUAUCCUGGAGGAAGCCGAGCUCAGCUUUCAGCAGCUUUCUGCUGCGGUGGAAGAACCUGAACGAGUCCAACGACAAAGAAAAGAGUCUUGGCACUUCCACGGAGACGACUUUGAGAGGUCUCACUCCAAGCUCCAACUACACCUUCACUUUGCUGAGCGUAGCAGAAGGAGAAAACAAGACCGCGUACAGCGUUGGCGUCCUGCAAGAAGGGGCUACAAAGCCGGACCACGUGAAUAAUUUGAAGUGUGAUUCCUCAAUGUGGGGCGACCGUCUGGUAUUGUCCUGGACGUGCCCAGCCAGCCAGGUCAGUAAAUUGCAGGUCUGUCUGUCAGACCAGCUUGUCCGGGAAUGGACGGUCUGCAAAGAGGAGACGGAGAUUGACAACCUGCAACCCGCCUGGAGCUACUUGGUCCAAGUGCAGACGUUCUGGUAUGAGCAGGAGGCAGUGUCUGCCCAGAAGAUGUGCACCACCAGUAACGCAGGGGUCAUCCUGGAAACUCUGCUCCCUGUGCUGCUUUUCUCAGCCCUCCUCGGCCUGCUGCUGUUCUAUUUCUGGAGGAAAAGGACGAAGAAUGUCUUGGAGAAACAGAAAGCAGAUAUGGGACUGCCUGGAACCCUGGACUCUGUCCCCGUGUUGACUUUCCCAGCUUACUGCCAUGAGCGCUUCUCCAACAGCGGCUUUGGUUUUGCCGAGGAAUACCAGCAACUGCAGGACGUGGGAACAGGACAGCCCCAGAGCGUGGCAGAGCGGCCUGAAAAUCAAGCCAAGAAUCGCUACAGCAACGUUCUGCCGUAUGACCACUCGCGAGUUCAGCUCACCAUCAAAUCCGGAGACCCCAACUCAGAUUACAUCAAUGCAAGUUACAUGCCUGGCUUCGAGAGGGAAAAGGAGUUCAUAGCAGCCCAAGGCCCACUGCCAGGGACACUGUACGACUUCUGGCGCAUGAUAUGGGAGCAGCAGAUCGUGACCGUGGUCAUGCUCACUAACUGCGCCGAGAACGGACGGGUGAAAUGUGAACGCUACUGGCCUCUGGACUACACACCAUGCACCUACGACAACAUCACGGUGUCCGUCAUCACAGAGACAAUUCUCCCCGAUUGGACCAUCCGGGAUUUCACGAUCAAGCAGGUGAACCUAUCCGAGGUCCACCUCGCCAGGCAUUACCACUACACGUCGUGGCCGGACCAUGGGGUGCCCAAGAUCACAAGCACCAUCCUUCACUUCCGAGACCUUGUAAGGACCCACAUAGAGGAGCACAGGGGCGCUGGGCCAGCUCUGGUGCACUGCAGCGCAGGUGUAGGCCGGACGGGGACGUUCAUCUCCCUGGACUCCCUGCUGCGCCAAGCCCAGGUCACGGGUGAGCUUGGAGUCUUCUCCUUCGUUCGGAAGCUGAGGAUGAACCGUCCGCUCAUGAUUCAGACUGAGUCCCAGUUCAUCUUCCUUCACCAAUGUCUCCUGGAUGCCCUCCGGCCUCCUCCGCAGAGCGACAGUGAGAAGACAGAGCACACGGCAGUGUAUGAAAACACCUGGGCCCUGCAAGGCUACGAGGUGUCCCGGGUGUGACAGCCUGUCUUCUUUGGCCAUCGUCCCGGCAAGAGCCGAGGAGGCCCAUGUGCCCAAGGGGCGUGGAAACCACAGCAGAGUUUGAGAUGUGCUUCCCUAGGGAGGGAGAGGCUGGUUCCUAGAGGAAAUGCAAACUCACUUGCGAUCCCUUCCCCGGCCCAGUUUUGACAUGAUUG